AUGGCGGAAGGAAUCGAUAGGACAGCAGAGGAGCGGAUGGAGUUCACGACCUCGAAAGAGGUGACUGUCGCGCCCACCUUUGAGGAUAUGCACUUGAAGGAAAACCUCCUGCGCGGCAUCUAUGCAUACGGAUAUGAAUCGCCGUCUGCUGUCCAAUCCCGCGCAAUCGUCCAAAUUUGCAAGGGGCGUGAUACAAUUGCACAAGCCCAAUCUGGUACUGGUAAAACCGCGACAUUUUCAAUCAGUAUUCUGCAAGUUAUUGACACAGUUCUCCGAGAAACACAAGCUCUUGUCCUAUCGCCCACGCGCGAACUUGCCACCCAAAUUCAGUCCGUUGUUAUGGCUCUUGGGGACUACAUGAACGUACAAUGUCACGCUUGUAUCGGGGGCACCAACGUUGGUGAAGAUAUUCGGAAGCUCGACCAUGGCCAGCAUGUUGUUUCUGGCACCCCCGGUCGUGUUGCUGAUAUGAUCCGUCGUCGCCAUCUUCGAACCCGAAAUAUCAAAAUGCUCGUCCUCGAUGAAGCCGAUGAACUUUUGAACCGUGGAUUCCGUGAACAGAUCUAUGAUGUCUACCGCUACCUUCCUCCUGCCACUCAGGUUGUCGUCGUAUCUGCCACUCUUCCCUACGAUGUUCUCGACAUGACUACAAAAUUCAUGACAGAUCCAGUUCGCAUUCUGGUCAAACGUGACGAAUUGACCCUGGAAGGUUUAAAACAGUACUUUAUUGCUGUAGAGAAAGAGGAAUGGAAAUUUGAUACUCUCUGCGAUCUUUACGACACCCUUACCAUUACCCAGGCCGUUAUUUUCUGCAAUACUCGACGCAAGGUAGACUGGCUCACUGAUAAGAUGCGUGAAGCCAACUUCACCGUUUCCAGCAUGCACGGAGAAAUGCCACAAAAGGAGCGCGACAGCAUUAUGCAGGAUUUCCGACAAGGAAACUCUCGCGUUCUUAUCUCAACCGAUGUCUGGGCUCGAGGUAUCGAUGUGCAGCAGGUUUCUCUGGUCAUCAAUUACGACCUCCCUAGCAAUCGUGAGAACUAUAUCCACAGAAUCGGACGAAGUGGCCGCUUCGGACGCAAAGGUGUUGCUAUCAACUUCGUGACGAGCGAGGAUGUUAGAAUCUUGAGAGAUAUCGAGUUAUAUUACUCUACGCAGAUCGACGAGAUGCCCAUGAAUGGUACGGCAUUUUACUUCUCUAUUCCGUCGCUGUGUUUGUUCCUAUGA